AUGAAGUCUAUAUUAGCGUGGCCUCUGAGUCUUCUGCUCGGCGGCGUUGUUGCUGUCGCGUCUGAGAUGGACAGCACCGGCAAUUUGGAACAUGCCAAUCGAGUGGUGAAGAGACUCGACACGGCGCAAAUCACCUACUUCCCUGCAGCCAACUCAACAGGCACAGGUGUUCUUGUGUGCCCUGGUGGCGGAUACACUCAUGUGUCUAUAUCUAAAGAGGGAUACAUACCGGCAACGUUUCUCAACAGUCUGGGCAUCGACGCAUGGGUUCUCGACUACACUACGGCAGCGAACACGACUGCGCCAAUCUACCCAAAGCCUCAGGAUGAAGCGCUUGAGGCCUUAGCCUAUAUCCGCGAGCAGAAUCGGACAACUAAGCUGGGCAUCUGGGGUUUCUCAGCUGGCGGUCAUCUCUCGGCAGUGACGCUUACCAACCCCGAAGCCAGCCUCGACUUUGGAAUCCUCGCCUACCCCGUUAUCACCCUUGAGGGUAACUACACGCACAAAGGUUCUCGGGAUAACCUCAUCGGCGCAAACGCGACUGCCGAGAUGCAGCACAACCUGUCGGCGCAGAACCUCGUUUCCGCGACGACGCCGCCCACGUUUCUGUUCCAUACUUUCAACGAUGCGACCGUCCCUGUGCAGAAUACCUUGCUCUUUGUUGAGGCUAUGACAAAAUUCAAGAGGCCGACUCAAGUCCUUAUUCUCCCGGAUGGAUCUCAUGGACUGGGCUUAGCGCUGGAUGAUCCUAAGAGGAGCUGGACGCCGGAACUCGCUCGGUUCCUGAAAUACUCGAUUUGA